AAACUGGAGUUCUGUCUGCCUGUUCGAGUGGGAGGUUAGAGAUCUCUUGACACAAUUUGGAGAAGGAGUUUCUCCUCGUGGCCAAAUAUCUUCCAGGUCAGAUGAUUUCCUAAAAAAACAAGCACUUUGGAAACUGAAAGUAAAUUGUGGGUGGACCUCGCUUCAACCCUGACUUGAAAUCACAAGCAGUCUGGGAAGAGAUCGAAAACAAGAUUGCCAGCGAGCCAAGGAACACACCAGUUUGGAUCCAGUGGAUUGCAACACUGUAGGUUCACUCGUUUGUGACUUCUGUCGCCCUCUUGGAAAUUGAAAUUUGUUAAAAUUAAGGUGACUUGCAAUGCAUUGAUCGUCUCUAAUAAUUUUACUGUAUGAUUUUGGGUGCAGCAGUUUUUUCCCCCUAAUGAAAAAGUGGUGAACUCCCAAGAUGUACAAAUGGUCUCUCAGCAACUCGGAGGUCGAUCUCAAGAUGAUACAGGGCUUUCAAAAUGUGAGAAUAAUGUCCCUGAACAGCUGCAACAAGCGAGAGAAGAGUUGUACGCUUGGAAGAAAAAAGUGGACUUGGUGGAAAAGGAGAAAUCGGAUUGCAUUUGUGCCAAACUGGACGUUGACGAGCAGAAAAAGGAAGUGAUGUGUAAGCUUACCAAGCUACACACGGAACAUGAGCAGCUGCAAGCGGAGCUCACAAAGCAAAAGAACAUCUUUGAAGCGAAUUUUGCCGCAAAAAAGGAUGAAAAUGUACAGCUGAAAGUGAAGCUGGAUGAUCUCGAAAAGCUGCACAAACAAAAGCUGGACGAAUGUUUCUACCUGAAGGAUCAAGCCAGGAUUAAAACGAGUUUUCCGGAUGUGAAUUCUAAAUUCACCAAGCUUGAGGAGAGCGUUCCCACUGAGGAAGAGGGCGAGGAGUUUCUGAACAUCAGCUGCCGGUACACCGUAGAACCCAAUGUUUCACUAAGCCUUCGGCCUGGACAAGUCAUAAUCACCUUCGAAGAAGAACAAGUUGCUGAGAAGAUUUUGAAGAUAUCCAAACAUCAGAUAAACCUAGAGCCAGGGAAGUUAGACGUAAAGGUGGAGCCAGUCACACUGAGCAGCGCAACAAAGUUUGAUGUGUGCGUUGACAUCUCGAGGAAGAAGAUCAAUGUUUCCGAUAUUCCACAAAUUCUCUCAGACGAGCAGAUGAAAGACAAGCUGGAAAUAAGCUUUUCAAAGCCGAGCCUGGGUGGUGGGGAGGUUCAGGACGUCAAGUAUGACACAACAGCUGGUACAGCGGUGAUCACAUUCCUCGAGAAAGGAGUGGCGCAACGUGUUGCAGCGAAGCGUCACUACCCGCUAUUCGUCCAGGAGAGAAUCAUUAAGCUUAAGGUUCAGCCCUAUAUGACCUACCAUUUGGAGAAAUUUCAGACCUUCAAUGGCAUCUCCAGACAAACUGUGCUGCUGUCGGAUAUCAGAAGUGAUAUGGACCAAGAGGAGUUGCAAGACAAGCUUGAGAUCCAUUUCCAGAAACCUAGUAACCACGGUGGUGAAGUCGAGAGCAUCAAAUACAUCCCCAAAGGCCAAUACGCUGUAGCUUACUUUGAAGAAUUGCCUGGGAAGGAAUCAGAUUGAAGGACUGGGUUUCAUUAAAGCAGUCUCGGAACUGGAUGAUAUUUUAAACCUCCUACUUUAUUUCUUUUUCUAACUCAGCUCUUUCGCUCUUUGAUCACUCUCAGCUUCUCUAUACUGCGGCAAUUGCCUACGCUCGGUAACCUUCCUUGGUGUAUUGUGCUGUCUGUUGCUCUUUUGAGAGAGUCAGUGCAGACACGACAGGCAGAAAGUGAUGUGAAAGGCACUGUAUAAAUAUAGCUUGUCUUGUAUUGUCUCCUGUGCUGUACAUUUCUACAGAUCUUAUUAUAUUGCUACAGUUCUAACUGUA